CCGCAACCCCCAACAAGCGUGUCCAAUAAUCAGCUGGCCUCACCCAAGUCCAACGCGGGCCCAGAACAACCUCAACUUGUCCUGCCGAGGGUACCUUAUUACCGAACCUGUAACUUUGCCCUUCGGUCUUCUACCACCAACUUUUAGAACUGGUAGAAGCAAUAACAACCAAGGUCACGCAACCAUCGACUAGGCUCCGAACGUACUGCAUAGCGCUAGCAGAUUCUCGAUAUUGCCGUUCCCAUCAACGAAAACCCCAUCGGGCACGAAGCCCACGAAUUCUCUGUUAACGUCUCUUCGCUCAAUCAUCUACACACCGGCAGGGGUUCGAGCGUAGUCAGCCACGAUGGCUUCCAAGGCCAUGUGGGAGGUCGAUCCUGAAACGAGGUCCAAACUCGUCGCGAUCCAGCAAGAAGCCAAGAACAACAUCUGCUGUGACUGCAACGCGCCUUCCCCGCAAUGGGCGUCCCCGAAAUUCGGCAUCUUUAUCUGUUUGUCUUGCGCCGGCGUUCACCGCGGCCUGGGCGUGCACAUCUCGUUUGUGCGGUCCAUCUCCAUGGACGCCUUCAAAGCCGCUGAGAUCGAACGCAUGCGCCUCGGCGGCAAUGAGAACUGGCGGCGCUUCUUUGAUGAACACGAGGACACCAAGAUGAGGGGACUUACCUGGGACGACGCGACGAUUGCAGAACGGUACGGGGGCGAGGUUGGCGAGGAGUGGAAGGAGAGGCUGAGUGCCAAGGUCGAAGGGCGGGAGUACGUGCCCGGGGAGAAGAAGCAGAGCAAGAGUGCGAGUGCAAGUCCCGCGCCGGGCGCGGGGGCCCCCUCGACGGCGCCGACGCGCAGCGCGCCAAGGGCGAAUACACCGCUGGGCGGGAGCGCCGCGGCGGCCGCCCCGGCCAGCGGGAGUAGGAAUGCCAGCCCUGGGCCGGGCAAGAUCAAGGUGGACGUGGACUACUUUGCGAAGCUGGGCGAGCGGAACGCGCAGCGGCCGGCCGACCUGCCCCCCAGCCAAGGAGGCAAGUACAGUGGGUUUGGCAACUCGGCGCCGCGGCCGCAGAGGGAGGAGCAAGCGCUGCCGGGACUGGAGGAUCUGCAGAAGGAUCCCGUCGCGGCGAUAAGUAAGGGCUUCGGUUGGUUUACGUCGGCGGUCACCAAGACGGCCAAGACGGUUAACGAGGGUUUCAUUCAGCCGACGGCAAAGCAGAUAGCCGAAUCCGAGUUGGCUGCGCAGGCCCGCAACGCGGCUGCCCAAGCGGCGAAAUCGGCGCAGGCGGGCGCCAAGACUGCGCAGGAAGGGCUCACUCGGUUUGUGGAAGGCCCGUCUGGCAGCGGAUACAAGCCGGCCAACAGCAACAAUUUUGACGAGAGCAAGCGUGCGUUCUGGGACGAGUUUUCUGCUGCCGCGGACCAGAGGAAGAAGACUGGCAGCUCAAUAGGGACCUCGGCAAUGGGCAAGGGCGGGAGCAAGCAGACUGGGCCGGUAGGAAAUAGUGGCAAGGACGAAUGGGAUGAUUGGUGAGACGAGAACCUCCUUAGGGAGGUUCAACGGGGGGCGUGGUGGUGAAAAGGGAGUGUGGGUGUGGGUGGCUAGCGUUGUUGUACGGCUUUUGGAGACGGGGCAUCGGUGAUCUGAAGUACAGUGUAGCAUUUCAGAACGGGUAAUCACUUCGGCUGAGAAUUUCGCGCGAUACUCAUCACGGUCAUACAUACUAGUAGUAAG